UCUCAAUACCAUUACUCUAUCAAAAUCAUGCCUCCAAGACGUGUUACGGGUGUUGUGGAUGACGGAUAUGACGACGUGUGGAUAAGGUAUUUUGAGGAAUUUCCAACGCUGCCCAUCACUGCCAACUUCUUGAGGGUAAUGGGCCGACGCAAGGAUCUCACAAUCGACAGGACACCUUUCUACGACAAGCCGAUGAUUCCCAUGGACCUCGCCAGAUAUGUACGACAUGGUGGACCUGAUAUGUCCCAUUGUCUUGGUCUGAGUUACGAUUCUGUUCCUCCGCAGCCGCUCUAUGAUGACGAAGAAGCAAAGCUGGUGUGGUCGCAUCAGUUCUACGCCCAGGAUGUGUUCAAAUACAUGAAAUUGAACGCAAUCGUCUUUGAUGAAGGCCAAGACUUCCAUCAUGUAAACCAAGCUAGGUUGUCCCAAGAGUUGGCAGGCCGGAUUACCAAUUUAAAGGGAGCUCUCCCUGCUGAACUACCCGCACAAUUGCACAAAGCUUGUGAGGAAGCUCUCGAGGACGAGGCACAAGACUACAGCGGCGUGAUCCAAGCCCUAGUUGGAGAUGAAAACAUACUAAGCGGCCGAAACGUCCUUUUUGACGGGCUCUCCCCCAUCACCGAAUGCUGUCCACUGACACCAAGGCCAGCUCUGUACGAUGGCAGUGAACCGUCGACGUUGCAGGCCCUGCUGAAGCAACCCGGCGCCGACAAAGUUCUGAUGCCUAGCCUGGAUGGCAAGCAGCCGGCAGCGCCCAACUUCUUUCUGGAGAUAGCGCCUCCUCAACCCGUGAGCAAAAUUUUCUCGCACAUCAAGGCGCAGUAUGUCGGCACAUAUGGGGUUCGUGCCAUGGAGUUUCUUAAGAACUAUGGCAAAGAGAAGCCGGUCUACGGUGGGAACGCCUACGUGUUCUCUGCUGUGUUCGGUGUAGAAGAUUACCAUUUGGACAUCUUCCUACACUACCAGCUGGCUGCAGAUCCAGACGGAGGCACGAUAACCGAUACCAUUCACACAUUUAGGAUGGACUCGGUGUCACUAUGGAACAAUGCAUCUUGUAGGCAAGCCGUAGCGACGCUACGCAGUGUUCGAGCAAUGGCCGCCGAAGCUCGAGAGAUGCUGGUGGACCACGCUUUGUCCAAAGUUAAAUAAGUCGGAUACAGAUACAAGUGCGGAGGAUGCGGAGGAUUUGUCCUGUG